UCAACUUUAUUCGGCUGCCUGCAUGUUUACACACUCUCAAAUCUCUCUACUCUUAACCAUGCAAUACCAAACCCCUUUUCUCUUUCAUCGAAUUCUAUAGAGGAUUUGAUUUUAGUCCCAGGGUCUGGUUUUGCUUAUUGAACUUUGCUUGUGAUGAUGCAUGGUUCUUCAGGCUUAACCUUCAAGCAGAGGAAAUUGAGUCAGAAAACAAGUUCCAUAUGGCCUGGAAAUGAUCAUCUCCAAUCUGAAAAAAAGUCAAGUCUGGUUUAUUAGAUGGUGAAAAGCGGAGAAGAAACAUUGGACAGUGUGACCAACAGGAGGUCCAUUGCCAUGGGUAAGCAUCAGGAGGGAACAAUCAUGAGCAAGAAGCCAGUCAAAGCUUCAGCAGUUGUGGUAUCACAUGUUGAUGAGAAGGAACAAUCACAUCCAGGUACAGGUUCUGCAGAUUCUGAAGUUAGCUCCAAAUGCAUUGUUUGCUCAGGAAACAACAGUUGCCAGACUGUUCGUGCAAGAACAAAACUAAUGAACAUUUUGAUUGAGAAGGGGAAGCCUCAAGAAGCUCAAUUUAUUUUCAACAGCUUAACAGAAGAAGGACAUAAACCAACUCUUGUGACCUACACGGCUCUUGUGUCUGCAUUAACCCGCCUGAAACGUUACAAGUCCAUUAUUUCACUUAUCUCCAAAGUGGAAGAGAAUGGCAUGAAGCCUGAUUCUAUUCUCUUCAAUGCUAUGAUCAAUGCCUUUUCAGAGUCUGGAAAUGUGAAAGAAGCAAUGAAAAUCUUUCAGAAAAUGAAGAAGAGUGGAUGUAAGCCUACAACCAGUACUUUUAAUACCCUUAUGAAAGGAUAUGGAAAUAUUGGAAAGGCUGAAGAGUCUUCAAAAUUACUAGAGUUAAUGUUGCAGGAUGAAAAUGUCCAACCAAAUGAUAGAACAUACAACAUUCUAAUUAGAGCAUGGUGCAACAAACUGAACAUAGAAGAAGCAUGGAAUGUGGUGCAUAUAAUGGUAGCAUCUGGUAUGCAUCCUGAUGUUGUCACUUACAAUACAAUAGCAAGAGCCUAUGCUCAGACCGGGGAGACUUAUAGGGCAGAACAGAUGAUAUUUGAGAUGCAAAACAACAAAGUGGCUCCCAAUGUGCGUACUUGCGGUAUCAUUGUGACCGGAUAUUGUAAAGAAGGUAAUAUGACGGAAGCUUUGAGGUUUGUGUACAGGAUGAAGGAGCUAGGAGUUCAACCAAAUCUUGUUGUUUUCAACUCUCUGGUAAAAGGUUUUCUAGAUGUUACAGAUACAAACGGAGUUGAUGAGGCACUAACACUGAUGGAAGAAUUCGGGGUCAAACCAGAUGUUAUAACAUUUAGUACGAUUAUGAAUGCCUGGAGCUCAGCAGGGCUGAUGGACAAAUGCCAGGAGAUCUUUGAUGAUAUGGUAAAGGCUGGUAUAGAACCUGAUGUCCACGCAUUUAGCAUCCUGGCGAAAGGUUAUAUUCGUGCUGGGGAGCCAGGAGAGGCUGAGUCACUCCUCAACUCCAUGGGCAAAUUCGGUGUGCAACCAAAUGUUGUAAUCUUCACAACUGUCAUUAGUGGGUGGUGCACUGCUGGAAAAAUGAAUCAUGCAGCCAGAGUUUAUGAGAAAAUGUGUGAAAUCGGCGUUAACCCCAAUUUGACUACUUAUGAGACACUGAUAUGGGGAUAUGGGGAAGCAAAACAGCCAUGGAAAGCUGAAGAACUCCUGCAGAUUAUGGAAGAGAAGGGUAUCUCUGCUGAGAGGAGCACCAUACAGCUAGUAGCGGAUGCUUGGCGUGCCAUCGGUUUACUAAAUGAAGCAAGAAGAAUCAUAAAAAAUGUAGAUCGAGGAAUUGCAUCGAAUACUAAAGAUGACAUACCGGCAGAGGGCAUGGAGAAGACGUACAAGAAACAAAGCCUAAGUGCUUCUUAUUCUAAUGUUUUGCAGAUGCCUGGGGUAGCCAUGAAUGAACAAAAUGGAUCAUCUAGUUCCAAAGCAAGAAGCCAAAUGGUGUUGAAGAAAUACGAUUCGUCAUCUCUGUUUCCUGCUCAAGCAAGUGUUUUUGGGGUGCAACCAGGGAUUAUAUGCCAGAAGCAGUUAACAACAACCAAGGAAUAUAGGAUGCAUGGGCAGUUUGUAAAUUCAUGUAAAUUGGUGUUCAUAAACUGAUGAGAAUUUGAGGAAGGUUGUCCGGAUAUCAUAUGUGUAUCCUGAAUUUUCCGGCACCGUGGAGUUCUGAUUUCAGAAAAGCUGAUGACUCAAAAGCUGUAGAUAUCAAAGGUGUUCUUCAACACAUACUUUAUAUUUUUUGGAUCAUUGAUUAUAUAAUCCUUUUGUGGAGGUAACUCAAUGUGGCUGCCUACAGUGUUAUGUACACAUUGUUUGUAUCAGACAGGCCAGACCAGAACAUAGGCUACUGUUAAUUUGUCUGUGAAAGUAACACAGUUUUAUUUUAAUAGCUCAAUACCCAUACCUUGUUUUUCUUGA